AUAGAUAGCAGCUAGCUGAAAACAAAAAUAUUGCGCAUGUUUAACAUCUUCCUCGUUGUGACCGUCUUAAAAACUGUUUCUUGAAAUUUUAAUUAAAAAAAAAAAUAUUAUAUUCUUAUUCUUUUGUUGAUGCUAUUAUUAUUCUUAUUUUGAUAAUACCUGGCAUUUUCGCUUUUUUCUUAAACAUGCCAAAGGUGAAAAAAAGCUCAUCUUUCAUUCAUCCAAACAGCCGAAAAGCUAUGCAGUUAUCACGUGAAAAGCAUAGAAUCAUAAAAGUUGAAAGGAGAAAAGAAGAAUCACAAUUAAGGCAACAAGCUAAAUUAAAGAAACUAAAAUGGUAUAAAGAUAAUAUUGAUGUAGAAAAAGAAUGUUAUGCCCCAGAAGAACUCAGACAGUUAAUUGAAAAAUACUUUCAAAGGUUUAAAGAGAUUGAGGAUAAAUCUGAAGAACUGAAAAGCAUAAAAGGUCGACAUAAUCAAGAUCGAAUGUCCAACGAUUAUAAAAUAAAGUUUUCUGUUGAUCGGGAUAAGGAAGAAUAUGAAACUUCUGGCAUAGAAGUGCCAAAUUUACUAAAAAAAGAUUCAUUUGCAUAUUUCAAGAAUUGGAAUGGUGAUGUACGAUAUAUAUCUAUGAUUGAAAUGGUGACGCUAACAAAGAAAUUAGUCAAAUCUAAAUAGUGUAUUAAAUAUUUAUUUUAA